AUGUUGCGUCAUAUUGCGCACCAUGUCCCGGAAUCAGUGUCGCGAAUCUCGUUUUCAAAGUGAAGACCCCGCACGCAACACAUGUCACGUCGUAAAAUCAAAUCAUCGGCCCGGGAAACGACAAUCUGUGAAUCAUACGCUACGUGAAUUCUAUUGUGUGUAUGUUGUGUACGAACAUCGUGCUGCUGUAGCGGCAUGCUUGGCCGUACUUUUGUCGUUGCCAUCAUUGUUAUAUCGUUGUUGAUUCUGUGUGAACUCGGUUGGUCAAAAUGGCGUGAACCGACCGCGCGUUUUUAAGGUUAUCUUCGCUCGUGGCGAGUUUAACCGCGCGGCGAGGCUACGUACACAAUAUCUGUAACUGCGUUUUUCUUCUACGAGUGUGGGUUUUACGUUUGCACUUUAUACGUCCACAUCUACGUUUUCUGUGCUGCGAGUUACAUGAAUUAUGAGGACGGAAUGCCCGCAGGCGGUAACAGUCGUAUCCGCGAUUAUUACCCAGCGCGGAUGUCCGAGCGGCAACAACUCGCGCUACUUUUGCAAAUAACUUCUCAGGAAAUGGUGUCAGGUGGAAAUCGUUCGGAAAACACAAGUGUAACGAAUACCUCUUCAAGAACAUCAUCGUUGCAGCAACAACGAGGUGCAAAAGGUCGUUGGUCCAAUAAAAAUGGAGAAUCGCCCGUCCAGACAACAAUUAGUCGUAAGGAGGAUUUUCGAGUACGGCAGAUGCUUGUGAACGGCUAUGAUAUAAAUGUAGCUAGAGAAAUAAAUGGUACAGACAUUACAUGCGGUGCUGGUUCGCCUAAAGAGAGUGCAACAACCGUUCCCGACAGUCCAUGCUCUCCUGCUGAAACAGGCGCAACGACGGUAGCAGCGCCGUCAAACGAGCAACAAGAGCAGCACCAAUCCUACCAACAUCAAACACAGUACCAACAGCAACACGCAGCCGGAAGUAUUGCAACCGCUGCAUCGCACGUUGCUGAGGAUAGUGGAGCCCCCUGUGAGAUGCGCAGGACACCACCGCAAAAUAAAGUUGACAGAUCGGGAACUGGGCAGUCUGGAAGCUCGCCGAGGGUGACGCUCCGACUCAACCAGGUACGAGGAGCAAGGGAUGAAAAAAAAGGAGCUGGCACUUCAAAUUCUCGCCAGGGCAACGUGAAUGUACAGGGUCAAAGCUCAAUGGAGACUUCAUCAAAAAUACCGAUUAAUGUGUCGUCGGCAAACUCGAAUACCACUUCGAGUACCGGUAAUGCGUCCUCAUCUACCGAUAGUGGUGACGUAUACGAAUUUAAAAGCUCGAAGGAGCCGACACCGGUGAGAGGUGCUAGCUCAUCUCCAAAUCCUAAUCUGGAUAAAGAUAAGGAUGGUAGCGGCAAAUCCUCAAAUGGUCAAGGAAGCCAGAAUGGUGGAAGUAACACAUCUAUUAUCGGCAGCUCAUCGACAUCUGUCAAUGAAGCGACAAUGGCAUCGUUGACUUCAUCCGAUGAAGCGUCGGCCGUUUCGACGUCUUCGCCAUCGGCGAAACGUGUCUUCGACGGAGAUAAUACGGAGGAGCAAGACGAGGAAAAUCGGCGAAAGAAACGCAAAGAUUCCGAGGGUACGAAGGACAACACGAAAAAUAACUCGAUGGGUAGACAAAGUACCGGUAGAAACGCUGCCAGUAGUGGAGAAAAGUGCAUUAAAUCUAAUAAGCAAGGAUCUGGAACGGCUUCUGGUAAAGCAAAUCAAAAUACGAGUUCCAGUGCAGACAGAAAAAGUCCCAGUGCUUCUUCGAUGGCCAGUAGUCCAAAACCUUCAAAUAUUUCUAGUUCGACAAAUGCGAAAACCAGUACUACUCCGGCGUCACACGAAUCAGAUAAUGAAGAGGACCGAUCAAAGUGUUCUGAUUCUAGUUCCGCCCCUAAAGUACCACCUUUAAAGAUAGUUAUUCCGCAAAGUACGGCAUCGGAACAGGAGCAAGGCAAUAGAAAUGGUAAAAAUGUUACAAAUAGAAGUCACCAGUUGCCCUACGUAGUCGCCAGUUCAAAUAGCAACGAUUCGACGGAAAAGGAUCAAAACCAAUCCACUAGUGGUACGACUAGUCCUACGGAAGGUAAUAUUAAUACAAAAGGAGAAGACAAAAAAGAUUUUAGUGGGACUUUGCAUGGAGAAGAAAGAUCGACGCAUCAGCGUGUAUUGAGAAGUUCAUACAGGACUGGAAAUGGUAAUAACGGUUCCACAGUGCCAAAAGAAGUUGUCCCUUCGUCAGGUAAUGGGAAUUAUUCCACUUCAUCGCCAUUGCCAACUAAUACUACUGUAGAUCGUUCGAAUAACUCUUCACCCCAACAAAGGCAUCACUCGCCUACACCAGAAACAGUUGGAUCCGACGCAAAUAAGACUACGUCGUCAGAAUCCACAAAUACAGGAACUGUCUCCAAGUGUAACACAGUCAUGGAAAAAUCGGACAAAAGUACAGAUGUUGCUGGAAAAAAUCAAAAAGAUAGUGGCAUGGAAAAUUUGGAAAAUAUUUCAGCUACCACUUCCUCAGCGAUGUCUAACGUCAGCACACCAGCACCACCUGUUGAACUCCAUCCUAGAAAAAGAAAAAUGAAACCUAGUAAGGAAACACAACAAGCUGCGGCUACGGCUGCUGCUAGUGAAGCGGCUGAGGCUACUAAUACAGGACCAGAAAUUCAUCCACAUGAUCAACCAAUUACCAAUUGUUAUCAACUGUUUCUAAACAUUAGAAAACAGAUCGAAAGACGACGAAAGGGUUUAUUUCCUGUUCAACCAAAGCCUCCUCAAGGUUUCAAAGAUUAUUUGAUGAAUCGCUGUACAUAUGUGUUGGCUGGCAAUGCGAAAGAACCAAAUGUAAAUCCACCUGUUGGUUUACACGGAGCUAUGAAGGAUUUAUAUGUCGAACAAGAGAAGGAAAGAUAUCGUCUCAGGAUGCAACAUGUAGUUGAAAAAGAGAAAUUAGUUUUGUCAGUGGAACAGGAGAUUCUUAGAGUCCAUGGUAGAGCGGCCAGAGCACUCGCUAAUCAAUCUCUACCCUUUUCCGUUUGUACAAUUCUCAAAGACGAAGAGGUGUAUAAUGUCAUUACUCCAGAACAAGAAGAAAAAGAUAGGAAUGCAAGGAGCAGAUAUAAUGGUAGAUUAUUCUUAAGUUGGCUUCAAGAUGUAGAUGAUAAAUGGGAAAAAAUUAAGGAAGGUAUGCUAUUGAGACAUCACAACGAAGCAGAGUCUUUGCAUGCUGUUCAACGAAUGCAUUGGGAAUGGAAAUUAAAAGAAGUAGGACUUUGUGAAUCCAAAACAACACCUCAAAUAGAAGAUGUUCACGUUCCCAUGGUACAUGUUUCAGAUGAUUUUGAUUUGUUGCCAGCUUAGUGUACAAUACUCAUAUAUUUUUUGUUAGUACAUUUUUCUCAUGUCUUCGAAAUAACGAAGAUGCUGGUUUUAAUCUGUGAUCUCUAUCAAUAUAUAUGCACUAUUAUUAUUCCAAAUUCAUAUCGUAAGCGAAUAUCACAACAAUGCUAAGAAAUUUUACAAAUACAUGCUGUAUUGCAAUAUUAAAAUUCAAACAAUUUCUAAAAUAAAAAUAUUGAUUAUUAAA